AUCACCAGCAGGCGGCAGCAAUGCAGUAACACUGCCUAGUCUGCCGGAAAUGGACAGAAGAAGAAGAACAUUGCCGGAAUUCUACAAGAAGAAGAAGACGACGACGACGACUGUUUACCGACCUAAAGCCCGGACAGUCAGCGGAGAGAAGCCGUUAGCUCGAACCAAAUAACGGCAGAAACCCCGAGGAGUUAGCUUGCUACAGACAUGGACCGACACCGGAACCAGCUGCGGGCGGUUUUAAAACCGGAAACGGAGCUGCGAGGAGAAGCUUUACCUUCAGAUGUCCAGAAAGUGAUUGUUGGUGAGGAACAGCAGGAGUGGAUCUCCAGUCUGGACCAGGACAAGCCAGAGCCCCCACACAUUAAAGAGGAACAGGAGGAACUCACCGUCAGUCAGGACCGAGAGCAGCUUCAAGGGCUGGAGGAGGCUGAUAUCACCAAGUUCCCAAUCACUCCUGUCCCUGUGAAGCGUGAAGAGGAUGAAGAGAAACCAGAGUUCUCACAGCUUAAUCAAAUACAAACUGUAGAGAUGAAGACAGAAGCUGAUGGAGAGGACUGUGGAAGACCAGAACCAGACAUUGACGGUUUGCAUUCGCAACCAGAUGAUGAUGACAAGAAUGGAGACUCGUCUGAACCUGAGACUGAUGACAGUGCUGAAUCGAAGGAGACCAGAGAAACUCAGUCAGGCUUAAACUCUAUGAAUAAUGAAGUCCCUGUCUGUGAUUCUAGAUGUAGUACUGGAUAUCCUAAGAAAGAAACAAGAUCUCAUACAGAAGAGAAACCAUUUAGCUGCUCAAUUUGUAGGACGUCUUUUUCAGUGAGUAGAAAUUUACAUAGACACAUGAGAACCCACACAGGAGAAAAACCGUUUAGCUGCUCAGUCUGUAAGAAAGCUUUUACAGUGAGAGGAAGGUUAAAUACACACAUGAGGACCCACACAGGAGAGAAACCGUUUAGCUGCUCAGUCUGUAAGAAAGCUUUUACAUUGAGUGAAAAUUUACAGGCACACAUGAGAAUCCACACAGGAGAGAGACCAUUUAGCUGCUCAGUCUGUAAUACAGCUUUUAUACAAAGUGGACAUUUAAAGAAACACAUGAGAAUCCACACAGGAGAGAGACCAUUUAGCUGCUCAGUCUGUAAGAAAGCUUUCACAGACCAUGCACAUUUAGAAAGACACAUGAGAAUCCACACAGGAAAGAGACCAUUUAGCUGCUCAGUCUGUAAGAAAGCUUUUACGAUGAGGGAAAAUUUACACGCACACAUGAGAAUCCACACAGGAGAGAGGCCGUUUAGUUGCUCAAUCUGUAAGAAAGCUUUCACAGAGAGAGGACAUUUAAAGGCCCACAUGAGAAUCCACACUGGAGAGAAACCAUUUAGCUGCCCAUUCUGUGAGAAAACUUUUACAGUGAGUGGACAUUUACAGCAACACAUGAGAAUUUACACUGGAGAGAAACCGUUUAGCUGCUCUGUCUGUAAGAAAGCUUUUACAGUGAGUAGAACUUUACAUAGACACAUGAGAACCCACACGAGAGAAACCACUUAGCUGUGUUAAGUGGAGCUCUAGUCUAUAAGGAGAGCAUAGAACAUUUAGUCAAGUCUCUACACAUAUAUAAGAUGUAAUUAUUUGGGUCCUUAAAAUGUUUAAAAUAUGAUUGGAAUUUUAGACUUGAAAAUGUCUUGAAUAUGAUUUUGGUAAGUGUAAAUGUAUUGGGUUAUGAGGUUAAUGUGUCUGUUGGUAUCUAAUGAACUGGACUAUUUAGAAAAUUAUGGGUCAAUCCAUGCAACCUCAGCUCUCUUCAAAAUGGCAGCUGUUCUUAAAUCGCAAGGAACUGCCACCCAACUCAGUCUCCCUUAAGUAUAAAGUGCUGUGACACCAUCCCCAUAAAACUGCUAUUGUGAAUGCACUUUCUCUGCUCCAGAAGAAGAGGAGAAGAUGAAGUCCAAAAUCCGUUCUUAGUGAAAGCAUGGCAUACUGAUAGUAGCCCAACACAGAAACUAUUCUCUAGCAGCUGAUGUGAGUGCUGGCUUAGAGUAACUCAGUUAGCAUUACCUAUACGUAGAGGUGGUAAAAGUAGUAAAAUAUUGUACUCAAGUAAAAGUCCCAAUACUGUGAUGAUAAAUGAGUCUAGUAAAAGUAAUAAGUAAUUAAUUUAAAACAUACUUUUAGUAAAAGUUACUUCAUCAAGGGGUCAAAUAUCCAAAACUAUUUUGUUUUUAAUUAAAAUGAAAUCUAUAAGAAUGUAUAAAUGUCUAUACAAGUAUAUUCACGUGUAAUAACGUAACACAUGACUAGCCUGACAAGCCAGAACCACAUUAAGAUGUUGGGUCUGGGAACUCACCAUUGCCACAGCUCUAGCGGAGGGGCGGGAUAAACAGUUGUCUUUCAAAUUCCCUCUGCACAUAAUAGGAUAGCGCUACAACCAACCAGAGCAACGCUGGCUGAUAGAUCAAACUUUUGCCGUAUCCGCAAAACUCCGAAGACAUCUUCCUUUUUUAAGAAUGACUUCAGUGCUGUUCUUUGUUCUUUUCUCAAAGAAAAGCUUAAGUCCACAGCUUCCAGAGUCACGGCCAAAGACUAUUCAAAAGACUUCUGUUCACCAGUAGCCGGGAAUUCACGCAGAACCUUUGCAACUCUGCCGUUAUUAUGUUAAGCCCGCCCACCGACUCUAUACAUGAUGUGAUUGCCCUGACCAGAAUUUGUUUUCUCCAGCUUGCAAGCCAAGGGAGAGUUGCUAGACAGACCCUGACUGCAAUUUACAUUUGCUGACGCUAGGGUGUCUAGAUUUCUAGGCUAAUACAUGACAUGCAUGUGAAUUAAUUUAGCCAAUGUCCUGCAGACGUCUUACGGGUUGCUAGUGCUAGACAAAAAUGAGCAAUGCCACGAAACAUGUUGUUUUGCUAAUUGGCAAUUUGCUAUUCGUCAUGAAAACUUCUUUUGAAGUACCAAUGCACAAAUACUUACCAAAACACGCUUCAGCACAUUAGGUAUGGAGUUAUUGAAUGCUGUUUUGGGCUGCAGAAUUAAAUGUUUCAGCUAGCAUUUCUAUAGCAUGGUUGACACCAGACCCUUCUCAGUUGGAACUGAGAGUGGGUCAGGGAAAGGUUAAUUCACAGCCCAUUUCCCAAUGGACGCCACUCAAAUGGCACUUGGCGCAAUUGGAUAGACCUAAAACCAAUCAGAGCGAUGACGUUGCUGCGCUAUCAUCGUCAUGUAAAGCCCACCUCAAUGGUUGUGAUUGGUGCCUUCAUUUGGAAAAGUAAAAAAUGGCGGACUUGCAGAGCAAAUCUCAAAUUUGCCAGAAUGUUGCAGAGGUUUUCCCAGGCUAGCAUUUCUACUGAAACAGUCUCUGAACCGUUGUCGCUCUCCUGAUCCACCUCCAUCUCAUUCUCGAUCACCUACAGAAAGGCUUGGAGAUGGGAUCUGUAAUGUCGCAAAAUACAAUACUUCACUCAAAACGUAAUCAAGUACAUUUAAAAUUACCAAUUUAAAAAAACUGCUUUAAAAAUACAAAAUACACAACAAAACUACUCAAUAUAGUCACAUGAGUAAAUGUAUUUCAUUACUUUCCACCUCUGGCUAUAUGUACAAAGUCUACCAGCUAACUUGAAACAAGAGAACCGAAGAAUUCACCAAGUUAACUACAAUAACUGAAGCUACCAGCUUCAUCCAACCUGCAGGACUGGGAUACAGCACAAUAGAGACUGAAUCAUUUGAUCUCAGAAUCACAAUUCUCCCAGCCUGGCUUUCUCACAAAACAAAGGAGUUCUUCCUCUGAAAAUGGAACUAACUCGGCCAGCAUUAGGACGGCAGCUAAACAAAGCUGCUAACUGUUUAAAUUCUGUUAACGUAUAUAUGUAUUGAUUGGAUUUUAUGCAAUCCAGACCUAUAUUGUUGUAAUGUUUUAGUAGUCAGUUAGUCAAAUGUUUCUGUGAAAAUAAUACAAAUAUAAAUACUUCAGUAGGCCAGUUGUAUGUACACUUAUACACACCAACACAUGCUUGCUCCUCGGGCAGGAGUAAGAGCUUUGAGAACAACUUCUGGUUCCACCCUGGACCAAGGAGCUAUCAAAUAAGAGACGUGAGGUCCAGCUAAAGGCAGCCGGACUAACAGAGUUCACUUAAAGACAGGCUUUUCUAUGUUAAAAGCUGGGGUCUAUUUCUCGAGGCAGAAUUUAUGAGUCUAGACGUAGUCUAGUUUGAGCAGCCUGGCUUUGUGCUUGUCGAGACGGCUGACGAGCUGCGACUAGGCCGAGCCAGGUUGAAGUAAUUUGGAUAGAUGCCUGUUCACGUCUUUCUUUAACAAGCCUCCUUCACGGCCUGGCACCCUGCCAUAUCUCUGGACCUCCUGGUACUGGAAACUUUGAAAUCCUCGGGCAGAGGUUUUCUGUCUGUUCCGGGGGCCUGGCUGAAAACUAAAGGGGACAGAGCGUUAGCGUUCUCUGGAACGAUCUGCCCGAGGACAUCAUGUCAGCUGAGUCAGCAGUCUCCUUCAUAAUACAUACUUUUUAUCGGAGAGCCUUUCCUGCCUUUAUUUGAGCUUUUUUAUUUCUGUAAAAUGUUUUUGCUACUCUAACCUACAUUAUACGCCUAAUAGUUUUCAUUAAAUGUUUUUUUAAAUCCUGA